AUGAAGCUGAACUUCUGGAUUUUCGCGAGUUUGACGCUGCUGCUCGUCGAUGCCGAGCCGAUGUUUCCGGCCAUUCCGAAGGAUGAGUCACAGCUCUGCCUGACGAUCGAGGACUGCCCGCAGACCCGCGGGAAAUUGAGCCAUAUCUGCGACAUCCCCUACGGCGAGCUGGAAGGGGUGGUCCUCUUCUCGCAGCCGAACAGCUCGGACAUCGGCCUCUUCUGCUACCCGAACAUGGCAAAUGUUCAGACGAUGGCCGACCUGCUCCAAGUUGAGGUCUACGCCUACGACUACUCGGGAUUCGGUUGCAGUCGCGGCACGCCCGGCGAGAAGAACGCGUACGCCGACGUGCGCGCCGCGUACGACUUGAUACGUGCCGAGCAGCCGGAGAAGAAGAUCGUCCUGAUCGGGUUCAGCAUCGGCACGGCCGUCUCCACCGACCUGGCCGCGCGGCAUCCGGACGCGCUCGCCGGGGUGGCGCUGAUCUGCCCGUUCGCUUCUGGGCUCCGACUGCUCAAGGGGGCACCCCAGGCGCCGGAAACGCGCUUCUGCGACGUGUUCCCGACGUAUGACAAGAUCCAACGUGUCGGCGUCCCCGUCCUCUUCCUCCACGGCACCCGUGACCAAACCUGCCCCAUCUCCCACUCACACGCUCUCCACAAGAUGCUGCCCUCGUCCGCGCAGCCGUCGAACCCGGUGUGUGUCGUUGAGGGAGCCGGGCAUGCCGACAUCCUCAGCAGCCGAUACCCGGAGACGUUCGCGGCGCUUUGGCUCUUCAUCCACGUGCAGGUGGGCCCCGACACUACCUCCGAACGCCAGACCGUCGUCAGCAAGGUAAGCCGUCCGAGCCUCUACAUGCACCUGCUGAACGUGUUCGCCGAAGGGGCGCAGAAGGCGCGGAGGAGCGGUGACGCCAACGCGGCCAACGGCAGCAGCCAAAAGACGUCCUCAUCCAGCGGCUCCCCCCAAGAAGAAGCCGCC